ACAGGGUCAGUCAUACUGCAGCAUGCAGACCAUCGACUGAAUCAUAGCGGUGGAAAUCUUCACAAGUGGCUCAAUCAUACCAAAGAACCUUCUCCUCAACUGCACAAGACCCCUCCAGCACCACCAACCAGGACCCCUCCAGCACCACCAACACCCCUCCAGCACCACCAAGACCCCUCCAGCACCACAGCCUUCAGGAUGAUGCAGUGUUUCCACUUCAUAGUUGAGCCGGCCAAGAACAUAACAGCCAAGCUCAAGGAGUCGCGCAAACGGGCAAAGAAUGAGAAGAGAGAGCCCCUGGAGGAGAACCAGCUGUUCAUCGUGGAGCUGGCCAGAGACCUUGCCCGUGUCUGCCAGAAUACAGAGGUGCUGGGACACAUCUGGAGCCUGGAAGACACCUGGCCAACCCCUCUCUGCCAGGCCUUCAUCCUGGAAUGGGCUUCCGUGAUGGAGAGCAAGAAGAGGCCCAUGCAGACGGCUGGCUGGCCAGAGAAGACUGAGCAGGACGUCCAGGAGGAACAGGAGAAGGACCAGGAGGAACAGGAGAAGGACCUGCAGAAGGCCAAGGCCGUGCUCCUCACCUGGGUGAAGGAUCUGCGGGCCCAGCCUGAGAAGAGCGUGUGUCCUGGGGAGGCUGUGUCCCGGGCCCUGGAGGACCUCCAGUCGGCCUGGAAGUGGAAUCGGACCCCCAACCUGCUGGCUGCCAUGGAGCUGGUCAUGAUGACUCUGCUGAGCCUGGGCCUGGACAAGGAGGCCAUCCCACUGAAGUGGCUCAUAUGGAAGCAGAGGAGCCAGAAGAUAGGAGCCACACGGUACAUCCCCCACUGUGUGUGGGACUGGAUCGCAGAUGCUGCAGUGGAUGUGACCCUUGACCUGAACACGGCCAACCCCGACCUCCUCAUCUCCCACGGCGACAAGCACAUGCGCUGCGGCUUCGAGAGGAAGGAGAUCCCAAACUACCACGAGCGCUUCGACGGCUGGUGGUGCGCGGUGGGCGUGGCCGGGUUCAACUCCGGGCGCCACUACUGGGAGGUGGAGGUGGGCGAGCGCGACUGGCGCCUGGGCGUGGCCAAGGAGUCCGCCCUGAGGAAGGGCUUCAAGUCCCUGAACACGGACACGGGCUACCUGAGCCUGCGCCUGGAGAGAGGCACGGAGCUCAGGGCGCUGACGGUGCCCUUCACCGCCCUGCCCCCAGGCCUCAUCCCCAGGAAGGUGGGGGUGCACCUGGACUACGCACAGGGCCAGCUGUCCUUCUACGACGUGGACACGCGCUCCCACAUCUACACCUACAACGAGAGCUUCUCAGAGAGGCUGUACCCUCUCUUUGGGACGGUGGACAUCGUCAAGGACCUGGUGAUCAGGUCCCCUGGCAACAAGGCCCACUGUCUCUGUCCCAUUUCCUGUCUGUGGGGCUGAGAGAUGCAUUUCUACUCCUCAUCCCUCUCUCCUCAUCCUCCUCCCUCUCAUCCUCCUCCCUCCUUCUCCUCCUCCCUCGCAUCCUCCUCCCUUUCUCUCCCCUCCUCCUCCUCCUCCCUCUCAUCCUCCUCCCUCCUCCUCCUCCCUCCUCCUCCUCCUCCCUCUCAUCCUCCUCCUCCCUCCUUCUCCUCCUCCCUCGCAUCAUCCUCCCUCUCUCUCCUCCUCCUCCUCCUCCCUCUCAUCCUCCUCCUCUCCCAAUCCCUUUGUCUCUGGAGCCGAUGUUUCCUCCUCCUUCACCUCCCUCCUCUAUACCACUCCCGUGGUGGCCCACACCUCUCCCUCCUCAUCAGCGCUCCGGUAGGGGACACCUUCCUUUAGUGCAAGAUCGCCCCCUAGGGGCCAGUACUAAGUACACACUUAUUAAAUGUCAACAUGUUAGUCCUACCUGCCUCGCUCUGAAGUGACUUUAGAGACGUACUGCAGUUCUGUACGUGACCAGCAGGGGCAGUGCUGCUAUUCUGCUGUUUAUCUGGCUGCUUCCAUGCCUUCUCCUUACUACCGCUACUCUACCUGCUAGCUCACAACGUGCUUAGUAUUUUUCACGUUUUUGUGACAGAUUACCCAAGUGUAAAUGUGGUGGCCAUCUUAUUGUCGUGCAAUAUGUAAUCCUGCAGUAACAAUGCACUUUCUGUGAAUAAUGACUAAUAAAAAACUAUGAUCUCUGAA